AUGGCGAACGGCAGUCGGGAGGACGAACAGACGGUCUCGGAUUUUCUGCCAACUCAGAACCAGACAGCAAACGUCUCCACCCAGGCAGGGGGGAGUCUGAAGGGAACCAUCUACUCCUUAUGGCAGUAUUCAUUCAAGACGGAGCAGUUGGUGACGCUGUGGGUUCUGUUUGUGUUUAUCGUGGUGGGAAACAGUCUUGUGCUACUCAUCAUGUGGCUGGAGAGGAACAAACGCAGCAGGAUGAACUUCUUCAUUCUCAAUCUCGCCAUAGCAGAUCUGAGUGCCGGACUGUUUAACGUUCUACCUGAGAUCGUGCACAGGUUUGUGGUGGAGUGGAUAGCAGGGAACACGCUCUGCAAGAUCGUCAAAUACACACAGGCGGUGCUGCUGUAUGCCUCAACAUACGUUCUGGUUGCUAUGAGCAUCGACCGCUAUGACGCCAUUGUGCACCCUCUCCAGUUCAUCAGAGAACACAAGUCCAAAGUGAUGAUCGGCAUGGCGUGGGGCCUGGCGUGCGUGUUCUCCGUACCGAGCCCGGUGAUUUUCGCGGUGCGGCUGCAGCCUAACGGCGAGCGGCAGUGCUGGGCGGAGUGGCCCGAGGACUGGUACUGGGUCCCCUACAUGACGGUGGUCGCAGCUAUUGUGUUCUUCAUUCCUCUGGGAAUUAUAAGCAUCUGCUAUAUCGCCAUUAUCGUGAAGAUUUGGAAGAGAGGGAAAGGCAUGGCGUAUGACGGCCACAUUCCCCGCAGCCGCCGGCGGUGCAGUUCUAACGGCUUUACCACCAGAGCCAAGGCCAGGACCAUCAAACUCUCUGUAGCCAUCAUUCUGGCUUUCAUCUGUUGCUGGAGUCCGUACUUCCUGUUCGACAUCUUGGAUAACUACAACGUACUUCCGGACACGGCGGCAAAGGAGGAGGCCUCUCUUAUUAUCCAGAACCUUCCGGCACUCAACAGUGCAAUCAACCCUAUAAUCUACGGCUUCUGUAGCACCAAGCUCUACAGGAAGUUACGUAAGAUCGCGGUCAUCAACUGGAUUGCCGUGCACAUAUUCCGUCUGCCAGAGGCUCACCGCGAAGGGCCCAAGAGCACCAAAAGACCGGACAGUCUCGGCGCACACUUGGAUAGAACCACCGCGCUGACCGACGCCUCUACGGACGUUUCGUCCUGCCGUAAGAUCUCCAAGAACUCCGACGUGGUAGUCGGCAGCCCGACCGCCUUUCUGUGCCCGCGAAACGCCGGUGCGAGAUCGUCUUACGUCACGGGCAACACCGGUGCGAGAUCGUGUCACGUCAGAUCGGCGCGACUCUUGCAGGCGGAUGACGCGGCGGUGACGUCAUCACACCGCCGCCCCGCCCCUCCCAUCGCUCUUUGCGUGAUAACCGAGCAGACCGCCGGGUCUGAGAGGCGAAAGUCUAGCCAGGAAGUCGGCACGCCCACAAAGGGCUUCGACGCCGUGACGCCACAGGCUUUACUCCGGCGAUGUCUUUCCGCAGCCGAAAUAACCAGCGCUGUUUGA